GGUGUACCAAUUAUUGGUAUACCUGUGUUUGCUGACCAGUUUCUGAAUGUCGUAAAAGCUGUUAACAAGGGUUUCGCACAACGAGUGGACCUGUCUUAUACUAUGGCUGAUAAACUAAGGGAAGCUAUAAUCGAAGUUACCAGCAAUAAAAGAUAUGCAGAGAAAGCGAAGGAAUUAUCCUUUAUCCACCACGACCGUCCAGUAAAGCCAGGAGUUGAGCUGGUGCACUGGGUGAACCACGUGAUUAACACACGCGGCGCACCACACCUGCGCUCCCCCGCCCUGCACGUCCCCUUCUACCAGAAGAUGUAUUUGGACCUGGCCGCGGUCCUCGUCAUCCUGUUCCUGGCUGGACGAGUACUCUUGAAAAAAAUCUGUGCGGCAGUAAAGUCGAAAAAGAAAUCAGGAAGCCAAAAGAAGAAUAACUAAGUAAAAUAAACUGCAAAAGACUGUUUAAUGUGUACAUCAAUUAUUACUGUGUACUUAAUUUAAGUAUAAAUAAAACUGUUAAAGUUUUUUUA